AUGGCGGACGAGGAUCUUGAUCUAGAGAGACUGAAUACAGGACUGAGGCAUUCUCUUCUUGACCUUGGGAGAAGAUUAGAGGCUAAUCCGGACGAACAUGUGGCGGACUUUGUUAUGUUUCGGUUAGAACAGAUUCUUGGCCACGUAGUUCGCAUUGGUGAUCGAUUUACGGGAGUUCGUGACAGCAUUACGACAGCAAUGCUUAUGUUGAAUUCUUAUUUUGAAAAUACGAGAAAUUUUGUUAACACGGUAGAAUCCACAAGUAGUGCAGUAGGGAGACCGAAGUUUGUAAUUCCCAGGGAACAGUUGGUGUAUAUGUUAGAAUAUGAUAUCUCAUUAACGGAUAUUGCACAUGCACUUGGAGUGUCUAAAAGCACAAUAAAAAGGCGGCUACGAGAAUAUGACAUCACAGUCAGACAUGGAGAUGUUUUGAGUGAUUGUGAAUUAGACGAACAUGUUAGAGGAGUACAAGCAGAGUUCCCAAAUGCUGGUUAUCGACGAGUAUACUCCCAACUUAAGGCAAGGUCUGUUAACGUGACACAGUCGAGGGUGCGAGAGGCAAUGCAUCGUACCGAUCCUGAAGGUGUGGCGAUGAGGUGGUUGUCGAUAACCCCAAGAGCAGUUUACAGCGUGAGGGGUCCUCUGUCAUUAUGGCAUAUUGAUGGAAACCACAAACUCAUUAGAUGGAGGAUUGUAGUUCAUGGUGGCAUUGAUGGUUACACAAGAAUCCCAGUAUACCUGAAAUGUGGUACAAAUAAUUAUGCAGAGACUGUGGUGCAAUUGUUUGAACAAGCUGUUUCCCAAUAUGGUCUGCCAUCAACGGUGAGGUCCGACAAAGGAGGCACCUGGAAAAUUGGAAAUCUGGAUACGUUCGGCAUAGUAUCAGAACUGCUGGAAGCCACACUCCAAUGCAGUUGUACAUCUUGGGUCUAA